AUGAAGCGUUCCCCUGGCCUUCUUGUUUGGAUCUGCCUGCUGGGCCUUGGAAUGCUGUUCCGUGGCACUCACGCCCAAAACUCUCCGCAAGACUUCCUUGCUGCUCACAACAAGGCUCGCGCCCAAGUAGGUGUCGGCCAUAUGGUAUGGGACGCUAACGUUGCGGCCUAUGCCCAGAAGUAUGCCAAGCAGAGGAUCGGUGACUGCAGGCUGGUACACUCCCAUGGGCCGUAUGGGGAGAACCUCUUCCUGAGCAGUGUGCACCAGAACACUGCAAAAGAUGCUGUGAACUGGUGGGUAGCCGAAAAGAGGUACUACAACCACGCCACCAACACCUGUGCCUGUGGACAGGUAUGCGCCCACUACACACAGGUGGUGUGGCGCAAGUCGGUGCGGCUGGGCUGCGCCAGGGUCAAAUGCCACAACGGUGCCAUCUUCAUUACCUGCAACUACUAUCCACCUGGUAACGUUAAAGGCGAGCGUCCUUACUAG